AUGUCUGGGCCAGAAGCGUCAUGGCCGCAGGGCCCUGGAGGGGCUGGGACGGGCACGGGGGACGAGCCCUCUCUUAAAGAGAUCGAGCAGCUCCUAAAUACCAGGGGACCCUCUUGUAACCACGUUGAUGAAGUAUGGCCUAAUCUCUUCUUAGGAGACCUUGUAACAGCUCACAACAGAUUCACUCUGUGGAAGAUGGGCGUUACUCAUGUUUUAAAUGCUGCCCAUGGCACAGCGUACAGCCAAGGAGGCCACGACUUUUAUGGAGCUACCAUCGAUUAUUAUGGCGUGCGAGCCUACGACCGGCCAGACUUUGACAUAAGCCAGUUCUUUUUCUCUGCAUCGGAAUUUAUUCACAAAGCUUUGAACACACCAGGAG